UCUGUGGAGAAACAAUGGCGACAGAGUCCCCGCGCCGCCCCAGCCGCUGCACUGGAGGAGUGGUGGUUCGCCCACAAGCUGUCACGGAACAGUCGUACAUGGAAAGUGUUGUUACGUUUCUUCAAGAUGUUGUGCCUCAGGCAUACAGUGGAACCCCACCAGCAGAAGAAAAGGAGAAGAUAAUUUGGGUCAGAUUUGAAAAUACAGAUUUAAAUGAUACAUCAAGGAAUAUGGAAUUCCAUGAAAUACACAGCACCGGGAAUGAACCACCGUUACUGCUAAUGAUUGGGUACAGUGAUGGAAUGCAAGUCUGGAGCAUACCUAUCAGUGGUGAAGCUCAAGAACUCUUUUCUGUCCGCCAUGGUCCGGUUCGAGCUGCACGGAUCUUACCAGCUCCCCAGAUCAGUGCUCAGAAAUGUGAUAAUUUCUCUGAGAAGCGGCCUCUUCUUGGUGUGUGCAAAAGCAUUGGAUCUUCUGGCACAAGCCCACCUUACUGCUGUGUGGACCUUUAUUCUUUGCGGACAGGAGAGAUGGUCAAGUCCAUACAGUUCAAAACUCCUAUUUAUGAUCUGCAUUGCAAUAAAAGGAUACUUGUCGUAGUCCUGCAAGAGAAAAUUGCCGCCUUCGACAGCUGUACUUUCACCAAAAAAUUCUUCGUUACAA